AUGGAGUCUCUAGCUCGCAAGUCCAAGGCUAUCUGCCCGUUCAUGAAACACCAAUCUGCGUCUGCGCUCAGACAGAUGGCGCAGUCGUCGUCGCUGGCCGCCAAGGCCCACGGCUGUCCCGUUGUCGGCCCUGCUCUCGAGGCCAGACGGUCGUACAGCACUCCUUCCAAGCCGGUCGGUGCGCAGGCCACAGACGCCCUGUCGCCCAAGGCGGUCGCUCCGGACGCCGCCAGCCCGGUGUUUUUGCACGGCUCGUCCAACGAGACCGGAUUCGACUACGAGGCGGUGUUUGAGGAGCAGGUCAACGAGAAGCGGCGCGACAAGUCGUACCGGUUUUUCAACAACAUCAACCGGCUGGCCAGGGAGUUUCCGAAGGCCCACUUGGCCAGAGAGGACGACAAAGUGACCGUCUGGUGCUCGAACGAUUAUCUGGGCAUGGGCAAGAACCAGGAGGUUCUGGACACCAUGAGCAGGACAAUGCUCAAGUACGGCACCGGGGCCGGUGGAACCCGCAACAUCGCGGGCCACAACCGGCACGCGAUCGCGCUGGAGGCCGAGCUGGCCGCCCUGCACAAGAAGGAGGGCGCGUUGGUGUUUUCGUCGUGCUUUGUGGCCAACGACGCCGUGCUGUCGCUGCUGGGCCAGAAGAUGAAGGAUCUCGUGAUUUUCUCGGACGAGCUCAACCACGCGUCGAUGAUUGUGGGCAUCCGCAACUCCAGGGCGCGCAAGCACGUUUUCCAGCACAACAACCUCGAGCAACUGGAGUCUCUGCUGGCACAGUACCCGAAGUCGACGCCUAAGCUGAUUGCGUUUGAGAGCGUGUACUCGAUGUGCGGCUCGGUCGCUCCGAUCGAGAAGAUCUGCGACCUGGCCGACAAGUACGGCGCCCUGACGUUCCUGGACGAAGUGCACGCCGUUGGAAUGUACGGCCCGCACGGAGCAGGUGUGGCCGAGCACCUGGACUUCGAGGCGCACCUGGAGGCGGGCAUUGCGUCGCCGGCCCUGAGGACGGUCUCGGACCGCGUCGACAUGAUCACCGGCACGCUGGGCAAGUCCUUUGGCACGGUGGGCGGGUACAUUGCGGCGUCGGCCAAGAUGAUCGACUGGAUCCGCUCUUUUGCUCCGGGCUUCAUCUUCACCACCACCCUGCCUCCGGCGCUGAUGGCCGGCACCACCGCGUCGAUCAGAAUCGUGAGACAGAACCUCAUGGACAGAAUCAGCCAGCAGAAAAACGUCAGAUACGUCAAGAAGCAGUUCGAGCAGCUGGGCAUCCCGGUCAUCCCGAACCCGUCCCACAUCGUCCCGCUGCUCGUGGGCAACGCGGGCCAGGCCAAACAGGCGUCGGACAUCCUGCUGGACCAGCACAAGAUCUACGUCCAGGCCAUCAACUUCCCGACCGUUGCCCGCGGCGAGGAACGGCUCAGAAUCACCCCGUCGCCUCACCACUCAAAGGACAUUUCCGACGCGCUGAUUGAGGCCGUCGACGACGUCUGGACCAGGAUCGGCCUCAAGCGCGUCCCCGACUGGGAGCGCGAGGGCGGUCUGUGCGGCGUCGGCUCGCCCGUGCCACGCGCAGACAACCUGUGGACCGACGCGCAGCUCGGCCUGACCAACGCCGACCUCAACAAAAACGUGGUCGACCCGGUCAUCGACCAGCUCGCCACCUCGUCCGGCGUCGCUCUGUAG